GUGAACUUUAACGAGAAAGCAAAACAGAAAAGAAAAUCAGACGAUGAAUUUUUGGAGAGGCUAGAACAAGUACAGCUAGCAGAAGACUUGGCAGCUCAAAGAGAACUUCACUUAAAGCAAAAACUGGAAUCUACGGAAGCCUACAAGAAAGCUCUGGAUGCUCAAGUGAAAUUCAAACCACCAUCAUUGCCUGAGAAAGAGCCUGAUAGCGAAGUUUUUGGCAAGCAUGACAUGAACAGCGAAAAGAUGGCUGAACGUCGACAGAAGGCAUACAGUUUGUUGCAGGAGCAGAAAUCGCUUGUUGAACAGAAGAAACGGGAUGCCAUUAUAGCCAGACUGGCAGAGCAAAAGCAGGAAGAGGAAAUGUUGAAGAGAGCUAAGGAGGACUUAAAUGACGAGAGGGUCUUCAAACAUAUGCUUCGCUUUGAGACACGCAAGCACCUUGAAAGUGACUGGCAGAACAUGACAAAAGGCAAGAAUGCUCGGGAACUCACGGAACGUUUAUGGUCUUUGAGUCCAGGAAAUCUGGUUCAUGAGCAGUGUGACCAGUAUAAAAGUUGUCGCCAGUGCAGACGUCGCUUGCAGAACUGUGGGGAGAGUAACAUAUGGAAAGAAUCUAGAUACAUACCAGGAACACGAAUAAUGGUGUAA